AGAAGAUGAGUUUUCCAUACCCAACAGACAGAAUGGAGGGUGAGAAUAUCUUGAUAGAUCAGCUUGAAGAUCUGAUCAUAGAUCACCCAGAUGCUCGAACCCGAGAGCAAAUGGAGGAAAUGUCAUUGGAUCAAGCCUUUCAGGAUAAGCUUAAUGCUCGUGCGGAUCAGAUCACGAACCUGAAUCCAGACAAGCAUCACAAUGGAGGAUCUCUGGAUGCUAUUAGCGACUCGAAUGAACCUUCAGAUAGUAAUGGAGGUGGUGGGGGUAAUCCCGAUAAUGAGUACCAAUUUCUUAUUGACAGAACUCAUUUAUUAUAUGAAUACCGUGAUUAUGGCAACUUGGACGUAGAAUUGAGUGAGUGGUUUGUAUUCAAUGAUUUUGCCGUACUUGGAGGCCUUGAUGGACUUGCCCAAAAAUAUCAGAAUGUAAUGGAUCCUGACCCAGAGAUUGAACUGAAACUGUUGAAGGAUUUUAUCACCUCGUUAGCAAAGAACCCCACUGAAACUUGGAGUGUUUCCACUACUCAUAAUCUCCAAUUAUUGACCUACUAUGGGUUGGGGAAGUAUAGACAUGAUUGCAACUCUCGGAUAGAUCAGAUCCUGGCUAUUACAGAACAUAUGAUAAACUUGUAUCAUUGGGGAUUACUUGAAGUAUUGAUCGAUAUCAUUGAAUCGUUUAUGGAUGGUAGAAUUUCAACAGAUCAAUCAGAGUCCGAUUCUGGUUCUGAUCAAUACAAAGUCCCUCCAGAAAUACAAUCAAAUUUCUUUAGGGCCUUAACAUUGUUUUACUUUAUGUUGAACGUUAGCAUUCAUACACCACAAUCAUUUGGUAAUCUUAAAAGUACCCUCUCUUCAAAGGACAUCCUAUCUCGACUGGUGAAGUUUAUUGAACAUUGGAAGUGGAAACCUAAUUCGGCUUAUAGAAUAAGAUCAAUAAUCCUUAUAACCUGGAAAUUACUUUUAGUGGAACUUGGUGAUUCUAAACAAUUAAAUUCAACUGAAAAAUUUCUUGUUGAACUUCAUGGCAUAAAGAAGAAUGAUGAUAAUGAACUUGAAUGUUCACCAUUGGAUUACUUUUCAUUUAGGGAAGAUAUUAUGGCAAAGUAUCCAUUAUACACUGGAGAAGAGAAUGUAAAAAAGGAUCCAUUAGACAUUUUCGGGAAGAAUAAUGAUAUACUGAAACUUUCAAUUGAUACGAAUCUUAAAGCAAAACCAAUGUCAUACGAUAUGUAUAUGGCUAUGAACGAAAGCUCCAACUCCCUCUCCAAUUUAAUUGAAAUUCCCAAAACGAAUAAAUCGCAUACCAUUUCUAGUCAAUUACCUACACAAACGGUUCAUAUUGCCACGCCAGUACCUUCGCCUCCGUCUACACCAUCUGAUUAUAUGUCUGGAGGUGAAAAGAUACGAAAACUGUACCAAUUGAAUCAAGCCAUGCCUUUUAUAUAUCCAAUUUCUGAUGAGAUAAAGGCACCUUAUGCAAUUCAUGAAGCAGAUGAAAUUCUAAAAAGGUCUUACUACGAAAGUUACUCAAAUAAACAAUUAUGGGAAGAAAGACAAAAGUUCAUGCGACAAGAGCGGGGAUUCGUAUCUGAAUAUGAAAAAGAAGAAGGUCAAGGCAUUGGCAUUGAAGAUGAAAAUGAAGUCAUAGAAUACUCAGAAAAACUUCUUGAGUCUCAUAAAAAGUACAAAGAAGAGGUUCACUCCUUGUUAAGAGUAGAGUCUUUCUAUGAUAAAACUUUGGAAUCGUUAAACUCAUUCAUUGAAGUUUUGGUAGAAACCAUUAAGAGUAACAAGUUUGAUUAUGAUCUUAACUUUCCAGAAUGGGAAUUAAAUCCAGAAACCUCAUGUUUUGAUUCUACUCUUGGUGAUAGUGAUGGGUCUGAAUCUGCAAGAGCCAAAAUUGAAUUUAUCCUUAUGCAACAACUUGAAGUCUUGCUUGUAAAGGAAAUCACAUUGAAGGCAAGUAGUGCAAUCAUUUUACUUCUUCUCCAAUGGUUUAAAAAGAAUCAUGUUUUGAAAUACUGGUAUUUGUCGAGUUUAUUAUUUGAUGAGCAAUAUCUUUCAAUAUUGAUGGAUUUCUUGAAUUCAAGUUUCAAUAAUAAUAAUUUACAACAGCUUAAGAAGAAACCAUAUGGGACUACUGAUAAUUUGAACAAUUCAAAUUAUGAUUCCCAAUUUUAUCAAAAUAAAAUUUUAAACCCAAUGAUUCGAUUACCAAAGUUUGAAUUCUUUCACAAUUGUUUGAAAUCCUUCCCAGAGUCUCACAAAUAUGAAUUCAUCAACAAGGUUUCGAUUCUGGAAUUUCCAUCAUCUAAAGAUGUGAACAAUGUCAACAAUAUAGUCAUGGGUAAAUACAAUGCCAAUUAUUGUUUCAGUUUGGCAAAUUUGUUAUCUGUUGCAGAUUUAAUUCUUCUUGAGAACAAGACGCAGAGAAUUUUGACCUUGAGUGAUUUAAAACCUUCAGAUAUGUUUAAGAUGAUACUACUCAAUUUCAAUAACGAAUAUUUCAACCAACCAAUGUUGAAGAUGUUAAAAAAAUUGAUUCCAUAUCAAGGUCGGAAGUGGAAGUCAAACAAUAUGGAACUUAUCUCACAAGUAUAUUUAAAUUCAAAGCUAACUUUGAGAGAUAAUUGGCUCUCAGGAAAAGAUUUAGAAAAUGAUUUUAAUAAUUCAUAUGGCCAAGAGAUUGCGGUGAGAGGUUUAUUGCAAUUCUACAAUAUGAGACGCUAUCCAGAACAAAUGAAAAAUUUGGGAUAUGACCUCUUGAGCUCUGAAUUUGCUGCAUUAACAUUGAAUGGUGAUUAGGAUGUUUAUGAUAUAUAUUGUAUAUAUAAUGAUAUGAAAUAAAAUG